AUGCCAUUUUUCAACCCGUUCCGAAAACACGACCAAACAACCUUCCACGGUGUCGUCAUUCCCCUUAGCAGUGCCCCAUCGCAUGCGCGCCCAGAAAGCCCAGCCCUGGAAAAGAAGGGAAGUCCAAAGGAGAAACCUGAUGAUUCCAGUCUGGACAAGGCUCCAUCGCAGGAGAACGGCUCUGCCGCUUCCAUCCCCGAGCGCAGCCAUCUGACCAUUGAAUCUCUUCGUGCGGAGAUCGAGUCUGAUGUUGCUGCUUCGGGGCAUGAUACUGCUUAUGACCGCAAAUCAAAGGUGAUUAACCGAGCAAUCCAGGAUAUCGGCAUGGGCCGUUAUCAAUGGGAAUUGUUCUGUCUUUGUGGGUUCGGUUGGUUGGCAGACAAUGUCUGUGCUUUGUUCGCCUGCCUGGGCCUCGGUGUUGGCGGUAAUCUGCCGGUUGAUGGCGCUCUUUUCUUGGAAUUUCUGCCUUUUGCUUCCGGAAAUCUCUUGACCAUGCUGAGUGUAUGGUGGCCUGUUGGUCAACUUAUCGCUAGUCUUAUUGCAUGGGGCCUCAUCCCCAGUUAUAGCUGCGCCGAUGACCUGCCCUCCUGCAAAGCAGUCGGUGACGGAGUCGCCUGCUGCGGAAAGGACAACAACAUGGGCUGGAGAUACUUCGUGCUCACUAUGGGCUCCUUGACCAUUGUCAUGUUUAUCUGCCGCUUCUUCCUCUUCCAUCUCUACGAGUCCCCAAAGUUCUUGCUCGCCCGUGGUCGCCAGGAUGAAGCUGUUGCUGCAGUCCACGGAAUUGCCUACAAGAACAAGACUAAGACUUGGCUCACCGUGGACAUUCUCAAUGAGAUUGGCGGCUACCCCGAGGAGAACGCCCCCCAAACGCUCAGCACCAAGGAAAUCGUCCAGCGAAACCUGUCCAAGUUCUCUCUGCAGCGCGUCCGCCCCCUGUUCGCAACCAAGAAACUCGGCUUUACCACGGUUAUCCUCUGGUUCUGCUGGACCACAAUCGGAAUGGGCUACCCCCUCUUCAACGCGUUCCUGCCCCAGUACAUCAAAAACGCCGGCGGCUCCACCGAGGCCUCCACCUACGUCACCUACCGCAACUACGCCAUCACUUCCAUUGUCGGCGUGCCAGGCUCCAUCCUGGCGUGCUACACCGUCGACAUCAAGUACAUCGGCCGCAAAGGCACAAUGGUCAUCUCGACCCUCAUCACCGGCGUCCUCCUCUUCUGCUUCACCGCCUCCACUAACUCCAACGUCCAGCUCGUCUGCAGCUGCCUCGAGGCCUUCUUCCAGAACAUCAUGUACGGCGUCCUCUACGCCUACACCCCCGAGGUCUUCCCCGCCCCCAGCCGCGGCACCGGAACGGGUAUCUCAAGCUGUCUGAACCGCAUUGCUGGGCUGUGUGCGCCCCUCGUCGCCAUCUACGGCGGGAGCUCAAACCCCAACUCCCCCAUCUACGCCUCUGGUGGACUCAUCCUUGCGUCCUUUGUCGCAAUGUGCUGUCUUCCUAUCGAGACGAUGGGGAAGCAAUCGCUGUGA